AUGGACCAUCGUGUCCCACAUCUCUUUGAGAAACUGCUAGAACAUCAGCUGUCUGUGGCUGUAGUCUCCUCAAAUGAUCAUAAUGUGAAAGAAUGGACGUAUGCGACAUUACUACAUGACGCAUUUGCUCUACGUGACGAGCUCUUGCGUAAAUUACCGAAAAAUAAAAAACAACCUCGUGUAAUUUAUCUUGGAGCUCGUGGACCGUCGUAUUUGAUUAUUCAAUGGGCUAUUUGGUUAGCGGGAGGUAUUGCAAUUCCUUUACAUCCAUCACAUCCAGUGGAGGAGAUGAAUCAUGUUGUUUUGGACUCUGGAGCAGCUCUAGUAAUUGUAAACGAGUCAUUUAUGACACACGAAAAGAAUGUGAUGGAAUUUAUGACAGAGAUACAAAAAGAAGAAGAAGAAGAAGAAGAAGAAGAAGAAGAAGAAGAAGAAGAAAUGUACAAGUGA